AUGAGUUCACCGAUUAAAGAAAACGAAGAAUCUUCUUCCAGCAAUGCAGAAGAAUCGACUACUGCGGGCGGCAGUGGCGACGCAAACACAUCUAACCAGCGACCGCCCGCCAAGCGGCAUAUUACUCCAGUUAUUGAAAUAUCUGAUACAGAGAGUGACGAUUCAGACGUUUGUGCCGUAAAUUCAUACCAAGCUUCUGCAGAUGAGGUGAAAAGAAUUCGACGAGAAUAUUCAUCAUCAUCUUCAUCAUCAGAAUACAGCUCUGACUCAGAAUCUCCUUGGGAGGAUGAUUCUGUAGUAAUAGAAGACAAAAUAGCUGUAAAAGCUGUCAGAGCACAGCUUAAUCCUAGAGCUAAUAGAAUGGAUGAUCCCAAGUUAAAUUCUGCUUUAAAGUCACAAGAAUUAAUAGAGAAAAUAAAAGCCAAUUGGCAUGAAGAAAAGGAUCAUACAAGUGAUGAAGUAACAUUGACAUGCAAUCCUUUCCGGUUAUGUAGGUUACAUGGGUUAUUAGAGAAUCCUGAAAUUAUAAACAACAUUGUAGAUGACAUGAACACAUUAGACUGGAGUCGAAAAAAAAUGGACCUCUAUGAGUUUCAUCAGACAACAGAUUUAGCUAAUUUAACUUGGCAGCGUAGUAUUAGAGGAAUUUAUGAAUUAUUGAAGACUGAAAUUAUGACUUGGGUUUCACAAGUAACCAAUUUAGAGCUAACAUCAGUUUCUGCAUCCUGUUCCCUGUACGGCCCGGGCGACCACCUGCUGGUGCACGACGACCAGCUCGGCGACCGGCGCGUGGCCUUCAUCUUGUACCUGGCGCCAUGGUCGCCGCGGCCUCAGCCCCAAGCCAUACACAACGGUUCUGGUGACACUAAUGUAAAAGAGGAAUCAAAGGAUACUGAUGUUAUAGAGGAAUUAAAGGAGGGCGGCGGCUGGCGCGCGCACAUGGGCGGCGCGCUGGAGCUGUUCGCGCGCGACGCGGAGGGCGCGGCGGCGCGCGUGCGGCGCCGCGUCUUCCCCGCCAACAACACGCUCGCCUUCUUCGCCGUCGGCCCCGACUCCUUCCACCAGGUGGGCGAGGUUUUGUCGCUGGAGCUGCCGCGGCUGUCCAUCAACGGCUGGUUCCACGGGCCCGCGCCGGAGCCCUGCCCGCUCGUCAGCCUGCUGCCGCCCUCCCACACGCCGCACAACCAAGUGGUGGUGGUGUCGGCGUGGCUGGACGGCGCGUACAUGUCGGCGCGCGCGCGCGCGGCGCUGGCGGCGCACAUGGAGCGCGCCAGCGAGGCCAGCCUGCGCCGCCUGCUGCUGCCGGCGCGCGCCGACGCGCUGCUGCGGGCGCUGCAGGACCCCGACAUAGAGUGGGAGCAGUGCGGGCCCGCGCAGCAGCGCCGCUACCGCCGCGUGUCGGAGGCGUGGCUGCGCGCGGGGGGCGGGGGCGGGGGCGGGGCGGCGCACGAGGUGCGCGCGCUGUGGCAGCUGCUGAGCAGCGCCACGUGGCUGCGCGUGCUGGCCGAGUGCACCGACCUGCAGCUCACCACCUACCGCCAGCUCGAGAUACAGAAGUGGACUGCCGCUGAUUUUACGCUGCUGCCGCCGCGCGAGCACUACGACUCAGCGCGGCUGGAGGCGGUGCUGUGCCUGGGCGCGCCGCGCGCGCUGCGCGGCGGCGUCACGCUGUACGUGGCGCCCGAGGACGCGGCGGCGGCGGCGGGCGGCGCGCUGGUGGCGGUGCCGCCGCGCCACAACGCGCUCAGCCUCGUGUACUGCGACGCCGGUGCCACCUCCUUCACCAAGUACGUGAGCCGCCUCACGCUCGCCGCUGGCCGCUGCUUCUACCUCGUGGUCUGCACCUACCAGGAG